AUUAUACCAAACACACUUAUUUUUCUUUUUUAAUUAAUCACUUCCCCCUCUCUUCUCUUUAAUUGUCCCCUAAAAAUUAGGGUUCCUUUUCUUGGUUUCAUGUUCUUCUCUCAUAAGCAAACUCUUCAAGAAGGAAUUGAAUUUCAGGAAAUAUUCUGGGGUACAUGGUCUUAUGUGAUAAAUCGACAUUUUUGCCAGUGAAGAAAUGAUUAUGUUGUAAAUUUCUGAAUGUGGGCUAGCUAAAGGGAUAUAGAGCAUUCUAUGAUUAUUUGUUCACUUCAUCAUUAUGAAACAUUAAAGCGUGGUAUGUAAUGCUCCAAACUGGAUUGUGUUUGGUAAGAUAAUAAUAGGAGCUGUUGCCCCAGUCUGAUUCAAGGAAAGGUUUAAAGCAAGUUGUGCAUCUAUUGGCAAGUUCAACGCAACAUAACUAAGACGGGGUCUCUCUGUUGUGUGGCUGCAAGGCCACAUGGCUCUAACACAGCCAGCAGAGAAUGGUCAACGGAUCCAAAUGAACCGUACUGGAGAACUAACACAAGCUUCUCUCCCCAUUUAUCAAGAAGGUGGGAUCAAAGCUUUCAAAAUGAAGCACUGCCAGAUGGGUCACAUGGCGCUCUUCAAUUUUUUGGUUCUUCUCUCUCAUCUAGUAGUAAGGAAAGGAGACUACCAGUGAGAGAUGGCCAUUUGCAAAAUCACUCGGCAUCUGAUGGCACUGGCUCAUCUUUAAGCAGCCCAUCUGACAGCUAUCCCAUCCAACAAUGGAUUCCACCAGCCAAAGGAUACAGUAUAGAAGAUUCAGGAUCUAGCGUAAUGAGAGAGCCAGCUCCGAGGCCGUUAGUGUUUACACCGUUUAUGGAGGGAACUUCAGCGCUUCCAUGCAGUGCUGGAUCCACUUCCUCCCGUUCAGAUGGUAGUGAGUACGAGCCUAUGGCCAAGACACAUGCCUCCUCAAACCGCAACUUCUCGAGCCGCUGUUCCUUCAUGUCCAAGCCUAUUUACCCUGUCUCGUUUUCGAACCAAGCACCUGAUAGGGAAGCUCAUCUAACAAUUGCAAACAGAAGUCCUUUUAACCUUGCAAUACCCAAUGAUGGCAGCAGUAACCACAAUUCUGAUCUGAAAUCUGUUCGCAAUCUUACACAGCUUCAGUCUAUGGUUGAGUUUCCAGAGAUCGGCUCUAAUACUCCUCAAAGAGAAGCGCACAGGUGGAGUAGUGCUAGCAGCAGCAUGGAUUUCACCGACAGUUCCGAGCAGUUGGAUUCUGAGAGAGUUGGCCCAUCAUAUCAUAACCAAGGAGGAGGAGAAUUUAAAUGUGGAUUGUGCGAGAGAUUUUUGUCACAGAGAUCUCCGUGGAGUUCUCACAGGAUUGUUAGAAAUGGUGACAUGCCAGUGACUGGAGUUCUUUCAUGUAGCCAUGUUUUUCAUGCUGAUUGUUUGGAUCAAUCAACACCAAAGAUGCAAAAGCAGGACCCCACAUGCCCACUUUGUUCAAAAUCAUCUGAGGAGAAUAGCAUGGAACCACCACUAAUUUCUAGGUUGAGGAACGGAUUACUGCCAAAGCUUAGAUCUUCUAGGGAUGAAAUUGGGUCAGCAAGGCCAUGGGGUUGUGGGCAGGUAGGAGAUUGCGUGGAAGGUGCUUUGCAUGCAUCUCCUCGCAAUAAUAUGCUUCUGUUGAACAGGAACCGUCUGAAGAAACAUCGAACAUUUAAGGGUGAUUUGAGCAAGGAAGUUGAAGAAAAAUUCAAGAAAAGUGGGUCAUUUUCAUCUCACUUGUUCCAUGGUAAAUCUGCUGAACAGGAUGGAGUUGGUUGCUCGAGGAAGGUUGGGUAUCCAGUGCUGAAAAGACGGUGAACCUACGCGAGGAUUGAAGAUCGUUUAUGUAUGACGUUCUUGAUUUUUUGCUCUCUGGACAUCUAACACAUAGUCGGGCACUUAUCACACUGAUGUGUUGUUGUACAUACAUUAAUACUUAGGAAUAGAGUUGUGCAGUAGCAACCAAGACUGUGUACUUCCAGCAGCAUGGGAAAUGCAUUGGAGCAUAUAGAACUCUUCCAAUCUAGUUUUUAAUUCAAAGGAUACAGUGCAGCUAUCCCGUUCAACAAUGGAUUCCACCAGCCAAAGGAUACAGUGCAGAUGAUUCAGGGUCUAGCAUAAUGAGAGGGUACUAAAGGAAACCAAUUACUUCCAAAUUCGUUUUUAUCCAUGUUUUGCUUUUAAAUGUUUCGCUUGUUUAUAUGCUGACGUUAUGUGGUUUUUGGUUGAUACUGCCUUCCUGUUUUCUGGAUGAAUUAGUUAAGUGACUUUUGUCAAAAUCCAGUUUCACUUGCGAUCAUGCCAUCCUGGUCAAAUUUGUUUGCUAUCAUGGUUUAGGUAAUGUUUGGCGUGAUUGCAAGAUUGGGUUGUGACACUUUCGAUCAUGCCGUCCUUGUGAAGUAGUUUGCUCUACUGUUAAUUUUGUUGCUCAA